AUGUCAAUGCUUAUAUCUGGGCCAAAACAGCCAGGAAAUAACAUUGAUGUGUACUUGGCACCUCUUAUUGACGAUUUAAAUUUAUUGUGGGAAAAAGGGGUUGAAGUAUUUGAUGGCAGUUGGAAUGAAAUGUUCAAUUUAAGAGCCAUGUUAUUCUGCACUAUGCAAGAUUAUCCAGCAUAUGGUAAUCUUUCUGGUUAUACCGUGAAAGGAGAAUGUGCGUGUCCUAUAUGUGAAAAUGGUUGGAAGGGAAGGUGGGUAAAAGCAUCGGGAAAACAUGUCUACUUUGAUCAUUGUCCAUUUCUUCCUCAUGAUCAUCCGUACCACAAAUUGAAAAAGGCCUUUAAUGGGGAACAAAAUUUUGAAAGUCCUCCAAAAGUCUUUACUAGCCAAGAAGUGUUUGAAAAGGUAAAAGACAUUAAAAUUACAUUUGGAAAGUUGAAGAAAAACAAGGAUGCCCUUUCUACACAGGGAUACAAGAAGUGUUCCGGUUUUUGGCGUCUUCCUUAUUGGAGAUUUCUAUUUGUUAGGCAUUCUUUAAAUGUGAUGCAUAUCGAGAAGAAUGUAUUUGAUAGUCUGAUUAGCACAUUAUUGAAUAUUCCUCAGAAGACAAAAGACGUUCCUAAGGCUCGGGCUGGCUUAAAGGAAUUGAAUAUUAGAAAUGAGCUACAUGUUGUUGAGGAGACUGGAAAACGGAAGUAUUUACCCCCUGCUGCCUAUACAUUGUCCAAAAAGGAGAAAGUCGAGCUUUGUUCUUCCUUAGCUGGAGUUAAAGUGCCUGAGGGUUAUUCUUCAAACAUUUAUUCUCUUGUUUCAAUGGAGAAUUUGAAACUCCUGGGGCUGAAGUCUCAUGAUUGCCAUGUUCUGAUGGAAGAUUUCUUACCUGUUGCUAUUCGUUCAAUUUUGCCUAAAAAUGUACGAUAUGCCAUUAUUAGGUUAUGUUUUUUCUUUAAGGCAAUACACAGUAAAGUCAUAAAUCCUAAAGAUUUGGAUUCUUUGGAGAUCGAAAUUGCUGUUAUUUUGUGCCAAUUGGAGAUGUAUUUUCCCCCAGCUUUUUUUGAUAUCAUGAUACAUUUGCCUAUUCAAUUGGUAAGAGAGAUCAGAUUUUGUGGUCCCACACACAUGAGAGCUCAAUGGGCCUUUGAAAGGCAAAUGAAAACAUAUAAAGGAUAUGUUAAGAAUACUUUUCGACCCGAGGCUUGUAUUGCAGAGAGAAUGUUGUAUGAGUUAGCUAUGGAAUUUUGUCUUGAACAUAUAGACCAUCCGAAGACAAUAGGGCUUCCUACAUCUCGACAUAGUGGCCGAUUUGAUGGUAUGGGAACCAUAGGUCGUAGACAACAUGACAUGCCUCUUGACAAGUGGCACAUGGCUCACACAUAUGUUCUUUUUAAUGAUGAUGAAGUUGCACCGUAUGUCAACCGGCACAUGUCUUUCUUAAAGACACAAAAUUGA